AUGAAUUAUUAAUAAGCAAUUCAAUCCUGCAGUCCUACUAAAUAAAAAUAAGAGGAGAUUAGCUCUCCAAUUACGAUUUCUCUUCAAUCCGAAUUCGAGCAGUUAACAUUGGACACUUCUCCCAAAUUAGAUCCCCUAACUAAUUAGCAUAGUGGGAUUCUUGACUUCAUCGAUGAAAUCGAUCAGGAGGAGAAGUUUAAGAAGCAUCAGAGUUUGAGUUUGUAGAAGGAUCUGAUCCGAAGAAACAAUAAGAACAAAACCAACGAGGGUCAAUCGUCUCCCAAUUCUAAUCAGUCUCUGAACGAUCAAAAGUUUAAAUAUAUCAAAGAACUUUGGUUAUAGGAAUCACCAAUAUAGGAAAUGAAUAAAUAAGUGCUAUCUUAGAGAGUGAUUUCGAUCAAUGAAGAGCAAUAUUUCAAAGAUCUUCAGAGUGACAACGUAAUAGGGAUGGGAGUCUAUCACUCUAAUGAAGCCAGUCCUUUAAUGUACUUCGAACCUGACAUUGAGGCAGACAUCUACAUCUCAAGUUUGAUAGAUUCACUAUGGGGAAAUCAAAUCAUUUCUCGAAAAUUACAGAAACUCAUUGAAUCUGGCACUCCAGAACAGUAAUUGUUGAUAGUCCAAAAGUUGGAAAGGAUCAGUCCCCAAAUCGAGAAGGAUGUCUUUGGGAAUUAUGUGGUCCAAAAGAUCUUUGAUAGCAGUGGAGAUGUCAAACUGAAGAGCAGGAUGUUUAAUAAGUUGAAAACGCACUUUUAUGAUUUGUCUAAGAAUCCCUUCGGUUGCAGAGUCAUGCAGAAAUUAAUUGAGUAUUCGUAAGGCAAAGAGGAGGUCUAGAAUUCUAUACUUUCUUAAUUGGUUUAGAAUAUGAGAUCUUUGAUUUACGAUUCCAAUGGCAAUUACGUCAUUUUCAAGAUGCUUGAAUCCUAUGAUAAAUCUAAAAUGGAAUUUCUCAUUCCCAUCGUUGAAGAAUCAUUCCAUUAUAUGGCUCAACAAAUCUACGGUUGCAAAAUCAUUCACAAGAUCAUCCAACAAUACGCUCCCAACUACAUUGCCAACCUAGUUAAACAAUCUAUCGCCAACUAUUCAGUCUUGAGUCAAACCGAAUUUGGAAACUAUAUUCUUCAACACAUAUUAUAGUUUUGGAUUGUAUCUCCCGAGAAAACUCGAUUAAUCUAACUUGUAAUCUAACAGUUUUAUCAAUUAAGCAUCAAUAAGUAUGCAAGGUAAGGACUCAUCUCCAUAAGUAUUAGCAAUACUGUCGAAAGGGCUUUGGAGACUUUGAGCAAACCUGAAUUGAUAACUGUUCUAAACUGGCUGCUAUUUAGAAACUAAGCUUAAUAAUAGUUCUCCUAUGUAGCUUCUAACUUUGUACAAUUGGCAAAUCAUUAGUUUGCUAAUUAUGUGAUCAAGAAAUUUUUGAUCUUGAUCGAUUAGUAAAUGUAGCAAUCUAUUCUAAAUUUCUUAAUUAAAAAUUAACAGGAGUAUUAAGCUCUGAAGUCCACUUUGCAUGGUAAUGUAUUUGCAUGA